UCAUACAAAGUGUAUUGGUCAAAAUGGUAAUUUUUAAUCUCCAAAGUUUGAUACUUUGUUGUAUAUUUGUUUAUGGGGAUGUGGUUCCUUUGGAAGAAUCCGUCAGUGAGCACAUUUAUUUGAUUCCAAACGAAAUUAAAGAGGAAAAAAAUCAGAUAAAAGAUGACAAUAUGAAUUAUAUUAAUAUUCCAUUCCAUUCCAACAAGCAGAAUCUAUCUAACAGAGAUUAUGAUGAACAUAAGAACAGGAUUCAAAAAGAUGACAACGAAUCAGGGGAAUACUUACGUAGUUAUGCCAAUAAGUUUGAUUAUAAUAAUUAUAUGUAUGAUCAGAACAUUUAUAACUACAAUCAUCAUUAUAAACGAAAUGAACACAGAUAUUAUAAUGGCAAUCUGAGUGCGGUUCAAUUCAAUUCUUUAAGCAAUCAGAAAGUGUAUUAUAUUGCUUCAAAGCCUUUAGAUAUUAUUGAUUCUCAACUGCAUUAUCACCAACAUGAAGAAAUGAAUAUAUUGAAAGACGAGGAUGCCGAAUCAACAUUUUUUCCACCUAAUAUCGUUGUUAAUUAUAAAUCAUAUAUAAGUAAUCGGUCAGACAAACGAUUCCAAACUUAUUCAAAUGCGCCAGAAUCCAUUUUUCACACACAAGUUAAUGUGAACUCUCCGGGGUCUAAGUUAAAUGUGGCUAACAGUUUUCCUCUUUUAAAUGAUAUAAGCACUGAACUCAGUGACGUCGACGAAAUAUUGGAGCCUGUAAUAGACGAACCAAUGCAGAAGACUGAUAAAGGUAUAUACUCGGUGAAAGUUAUACGCACUUCUGACACGACCCAAGUAAAUCUGAGUUCGGAUUUACAAGACGAUGGUUACCAUUACGAUCGGCCGAGGGAUAAUUUCUUUUAUUGAUCUUUUUGUUUUGGCUGAUUAGCAUUGGUAAAAAAAUGUUCGUCAUAUGCUUACACACAUAUACAAUUUUAAACAAACAGAAAAAUAACAUAUGCAAUAAACAUACUUUUAGGCUGAAAAAUAUACUAUUAAUUUGAUUUCACUUCUGUUUCCGAU